AUGGCCACCUUGAACUUCGCUUUGAAGAACAAUACCAGCUCGAACACCGUCUACGCCUAUAUCACAGGCCGGGCAAUCGAUAAUGGCAACGCGCUAUUCCUCUUGCGCUCCGACGGCAGAACUGCCUACUAUCCAACCUCGCCAUCAGCCACCUUGACAAGUCUCAGCUGGGAUUGUGCAAUCCCAAUGGGUGUAUCGGGCAGCACGACCAAUAUCACGAUCCCACACCUCGCUGGCGCGCGAUUGUGGUUUGUCCGCGACAAUAAAUUGACCUUUUACCUGAACCCCGGCCCUGCAUUGGUCGAGCCUUCAGUCUCAAAUCAAUCAGACGCCAAUUACAACCUUGACUGGGCGUUCUGCGAGUUCACAUGGAACAGCGCCCAGCUGUAUGCCAACCUCAGCUACGUCGACUUCGUGUCGAUGCCUAUCGCCAUGAGCCUGACCAAUACAUCCGGCGCCACGCAGACCGUCCACGGUCUGCCAGCCAACGGUCUUGACCUUGUUUGUAAUGCUCUCAAGGCACAGAACAACACCGACGGAGCUGGCUGGAACCAGCUCGUCAUCCAGAAAGAUGGCCGCAACCUGCGCGCCUUGUCCCCGAACACGGGAAGAACCCUGAACAACUCCUUGUUCAACAACUAUUAUGACAACUACGUGAACCAGGUCUGGAACAAGUACACCAAUGAUACCCUGACAGUCAACACGCAGGCUGCUGCCGGUGAUGUUACCGCCAAGGUGUCGAAUGGUGUAAUGUACUUUUCGGUCUCGGGCAUCUCCUACACCAAGCCGUCAUCUGGUGAUAUCUUCAGCAACAGCUCUGGCGCCUUUGCUGUUUCUGGAAAUGGUACCAAGGAUGCUAUUACCGCUCGUCUUGCUGCUGCAUUCAAUCGUUCCACUCUACUGUUGAACGGUGCCCAGCCGAACGGGCAAAAUGUCAACAACUAUUACCAGAAUUCCGUUACGAAUCACUAUUCUCGCAUUUGUCAUGCUGUCAGCACCGAUACUCGAGGAUAUGCAUUCCCUUAUGAUGAUGUUGCGCCGAAUGGUGGUGCUGAUCAGUCUGGUAGUGUUUAUGAUGGUAGCCCGAGAUUGUUGACUGUUACUAUUGGUGGUGGUUCCAGUAAUUCUGUCAAGCAGUCUGCUGUCGAAGAAGCUGUUGCGCCAGUUCAAGAGACGAAGGAGCCAAGCCCUGGUACUGUUGCUGGUGCUGGGAAUGGAAACGCCAAACCGAGCCGAUUCCAUGAACUGAGGAAGAUUGUGGGAAAGUUGUCGCGCAGAAAGAGUAAUCCUUGA